CGGUGGCUGGUGCCGCCGCGCCCCGCAGCGCCCCGCCAGGUGGGUGCACCGGGGGUGGGGGGCUGCCCCUCUUCAUCCAUGGGGCUGGGGGUGCCCCUUUCCUGAGCGGAACUGCAGAUCGGGCGGGGGAUGCCCUCUUUUCUUUCUGGCCCCCCUCUAGGCUCCGCCGGCCCCCCCCUCCCCAAUGCAGAGAUGGAGUUUGACUCGUACCAGCACUACUUCUACGACCACGACGCCCAGGAGGAUUUCCACCGCUCCACGGCCCCCAGUGAGGACAUCUGGAAGAAGUUCGAGUUGGUCCCCACGCCCCCUCUGUCCCCCCUGGGGACCCCCGGGGCGGAGGAGCGCUCCGGCUGGCUCUCCCGCUACUGCCUGGCCGGGGAAGAGCCGGAGUAUCUCAUAGGGACGGGGGAGAUCUUCGGGAAUCUGAGCGCUUUCAUCCUCAAGGAUUGCAUGUGGAGCGGGUUUUCAGCCCGGGAGAGGCUGGAGAAGGCGAUGACAGAGAAACUUUCCACGGGCACGCAGAGGGCCACCCCCCACAAACCCUCCUUCGCGCAGGAUCUGGGGUUCAGCAGCUCGGUGAGCGAGUGCGUGGAUCCCGCCGCCGUCUUCCUUUGCCCGCUGGCCGAGAGCAAGAUCCCCGCAUCCUCGGGAUCCGAGGGCCAAAGCGAUUCUGAAGGUGAAGAGAUCGAUGUGGUGACAGUGGAGAAGAGACAAUCGCUCAGCCUGAGGAAGCCGGUCACCAUCACGCUGCGCGCCGACCCGUUGGACCCCUGUAUGAAACGCUUCCACAUCUCCGUCCACCAGCAGCAGCACAACUAUGCUGCUCGCUCGCCACCAGAUGCGUGUCCCCCACCAGAGCCACCCCAGCAGGACAAGGAUGAGCCACUGAGCACCGUGGAGCCAGCCCCUGCCAUCACGCUGCCUGAGCCCAGCUUGCCAAAAGCUGGCAGCAGCCCUGGCUCUGACAGUGAGGACGUGGCCAAGAGGAAAAACCACAACUAUCUGGAGCGCAAGCGGCGCAACGACCUGCGCUCGCGCUUCCUGGCCCUGCGGGACCAGGUGCCCGGGCUCGCCAGCUGCCCCAAGACACCCAAAGUGGUGAUUCUGAGCAAAUCCUCCGAGUACCUGCAGUCACUCAUCAGUACCGAGAGGAGGAUGGCGGCUGAGAAGCGGCAGCUUCGGCUGCGGCAGACCCAGCUACUCAAACGGAUUGCUCACCUCAAGGGGCACUAGCACCCCAUGUGCCCCCACCCUGGUCCCCACGACCCCCCUGGCUCCCUCUCAAUUUGCACAUUUUUUUAAUUUUUUUUUCCGGUUGUUUGUUGAACUGUUGGCCCCAGGGGGCUGGAGCACAUGGGGUGCUGUGGGGUGUCUGUGGGGUGGCUGCGGUGCAGUUCCUGGCUGCAGGAAUGGGGGCCACAGAGGGGGGUCCCCCCUUUACGGCAUUGCCUGCGUGGGGUUGGCUUCUUGGCACUGGGUGUUGCAAGAUUUCCCUUGUGUGUGUCCCUCCAUGAAGCUUUCUCAAGUGACUGCUUCAAUUUACAGGCUCUAUUCCCCCUCCCCAGCAGCCCCUGCAGCCCUUUCUGCUGUUUGCCACCACCAGCAUCACUCAGAGCUGCCCUGGGCGUUCAUCUCGCCCUAAAAAUCCCAAGCGACCGUGGUCUGCUUUGGCUCGUGGAGGCAGACACCGAGAGCCCAGCAUGGGGCUCAUCUCUGGAUGGAUCCCCACGGAGAUGGUGACAGCAGGAUGCCUCUCCCCAGGGUUAACAACACUCCGUGGGCGAUCCCCUUGCUCGGCUGGACCGUACCUCACUUUCUUACCACUUCAUGCAGUAGCUUGUCUUUGAAUUUUAUGUUCUAGAACCUGCUGCUGUAACUGCGAGUCUUAUACUGUGUUUUUAUACUGUAUUUUUGUACCACUUUUUGAGAAGUAUUGGUAAAGAGUUUGCUUUUUUAUAUAUAUAUAAAAACUUUCUUUUGGAGGGGGGCGGUCCUGCUGCAGGGGAGGGCUCAGUCCUGCUGCACUUUAGGGAGAUCAGGAAGGGGCUGCCGGACCCUUGAGCUGAGUCCUUGCGGAGGCCAGUUCCCCCCUUGCAGCUCUCCAAACCACCCAUAUGCAAUAACGGGGGAUUUUUUUUUUCCCCUUUCCCACCCUUGUGACCCCCUUUCCCACUCUUGUGAGUGCCCCCCUCACCAGCAGCUGCUUAAAAUUCCCCAGCAAAGCUUUGGGCUUUGCAGGGAGCAUGGCUGGAGGGGGCAGAUUGGGUGCAUGGGGGGGGGGGGGGUUGUGCUGCCUUCAAGGCUUCCUGCUGCCCAGCCUGCAGUGGGGUGUGUGGGUGACAGAGCCCCCUGUCCCCUCCUGGGGUGCUGGCAGGGGUGGCCCCACAGGAUGGCACCCUUGGGUUCCCCACUGACCUGCUGAGAACAGUUAGAGUUAACACUGUGGUCGGAUUUAGCACUUUCUUCAUUACCUCACACUUCAUAAAUAAAUAAGUUUGCAACA